AUGAAACCGUGGCGGCUUUAACGCCCUCUGUUCUAAAUACUCUCGUGAUGGGCUUUAUUUAUUUACUAUCUAAAGCGAAUUAGUAACUUGAAACGUAAUCCGGUAAAAAAAAGUGCCCCCCUUCCCCUCACAGCUGUGCGGUUCUUUGACAUUGGAAGCAACUAUGUCCAAUGAGGAACGCUUGAAGAAGUUGCUAUCAGAUCUAGGGAAGGCGACCCUUCGUGGAGUUCGCAAGUGUCCAAAAUGUGGGACUUACAAUGGUUCGCGUGGCCUUUGCUGCAAGAACAAAUAUUGCGAUGCAGUGUUCAAGGAACCUGGUGAGAAGCGAAAGUUAUCCACGGAAGCAUGCAAGCUUAUCACAGGCUCGCCAGCACAAGUGUAUUCUGUACGAGUAAAAGAUAAGGGACCUGAUUAUCGUGGCUUUGUGCAGUUACCAUUGAUAAAUACCACCAUUUCGAAUGAUAUUACAACACUUAUUUCACCAACUGCGUUAUGUUUUGUUGAUAGCUGUGAGAGAAGUUUUCACAAUGGUGUCCUCAAAUGUCAUGAGAAAGGUUAUUCAAAUACUGUGCUUACGUGCCAGCACAUACAAACGGCAUUAAAAUGUUAUGCGCAAGCACAACCAUUGACUUUGAAAAAUUCUAUUUUAUCGUCGUUGAAUGUAAAUAAUGAAAUGAAGCAAGAGAUUUGGCUGUUAGCAACGGAAACUUCUGGUCCCUUGGUACAAAGAGUCUCAAAGAAUAUCAUGGCCGUGAAAUGUAAAGCUUCUUCGAAACACCCCCUAGGCUAUGUGCAUUUUUCUUUCUUUGUUAGCAAAUUAAGGGAUAGAAUAGAACAUCGUUAUUUCUGUAGUUGUACUACAUUUAAGGAUACAACAAAGGUAGGAGAUAAAGUUAACGGCACUUUGUCUUCACAGUCAAAGCGAUGUGUGCAUUUUUACGCAUGCAUUUGUGCUUUUGCUAGCGACCCAAAGCUAUCAGAAGAAUUUAGUUAUUACAUAAAUCUAGGUCAAACACAAUCUAAUAUAGAAAAGCCUUUAGCAACUGUACCACAAAAUGAAGAAGACAAAAUUGUUGGAAUUGAUCUCGAUAGUUUAACUACUGACGAAACUGACACGCAUCUAUUAAUUUUUCGUGAUGAUACUUUAACUGUACAAAGUUUGGAUGGAAAUAGAUUAGACUUAGAUUCUAUAAAUUUAGAUUCCUCGAUUUUGCCACAUGGUAUUGUUGAAAAUAUAGAAGUAGAAUGCGAUCGCAGUUUAUUAGAUGAUAACAGUAUAAUAUCACAAGUUCAUAAUUUAGAAGUAAUUGAUCAAAAUGGUGUUCAAUUGGGAGGAGAAAAUACUACAAAAAUACUGGAUGAUCAGGGGACAAUUGAUACAAAAUACAAUGUUCUUAAUAAUAGUCAAUACAUGUUAAACGAUAAUAACAUAAAAAUAUUAGAUCCGAGUACGUUGAAGGUUUUAGGUACGAGUACUACAGUCUUGGAUGUGACUAAUGCAAAGCUUGUCGAUAACAAUAUUGCCUUGAAUAAUGGCAGUGUCAAAAUAGUUGAUAGAAAUGCAGUAAUACAGUACAAUAACAAAAGUGCAUCAAACUCCGAGGGUAAUGCAACGCAAACGACAAUUUCAACGAAACGGAAAAGAGACGAGAAACACACGAACAACAAUAAUUCGAAUCUAAAUUCGGUUGAGUUAAGAAAGCCAAAGUCAAAAUCGCAAAUUGUUAAAAAAUAUCAAAAUAUUUGCGAUGAUCUAGAUGAGGCCAGCACAAGCUUGCCAUUUAUCAAAUGGCUUGCUUCGAUAACCGAGCGAAUAAAUCAGACAAUGCAUUUUCAGUUUGAUGGCAAACCUGAUCCCCUGGUAUUCCAUGUACCACAGAUCUUCUUUGACUGUUUACGCGAGCGAAUAUCGUGCGGUGGCAAAAAGAAACGUUUACCAAAUUCAACGACGGCAUUCGUUAGGAAAGAUGGAGUACCACUAGGAACAUUCACAAAAUAUACAUGGCAGAUAACCAAUAUCUUGCACGUAAAGAGUAUUUUCGAGACACCAUACAUACCUUUGGAGAUCACGAGAAGUUUCGUGCAGAACGCAGAUGGAACGUAUGAAUUAUAUAAACGAGAGGAAACAGAAAUAGAUCGUUUUAAAAAAACAAAUAAUAACGCAUUAAUUAAACCGUUAGAGUUAAAAACAUAUUUAAAAGUAGGAAAUACUUCUCCAAAUCAAGUUGAACCUACACCAUUCCUUAUAGAGUGGAUACCAGAUAUUUUACCAAUUUCGAAAAUUGGUGAGCUUAGAAUUAGAUUUGAAUUUGGACAUGUAAAAAAUGAAACAAGUCAUAAAUGGAGGAAAAUUGCACUUUCCAAAAAUGAUUGAAAGUUUUUCUUACUAAUCAUAAAUAUUCAAAAGAUAUUCGAGGAUUUACAAAACAAGAGACAAAUAUUACUAAGGUAUUAUUAAUAUUAUAUACAUAGCAUGUAAUUUGAGAAUAUUGUCUUAUUAAGAGUUACAAACAACUAUAUAAAAUUUUAUUAAUCAAAUAAAGCUGUUUUAAGUGAUAAAUAAAACUACUGAAUAGAUGAUUAAGUAAUAUAAUAAGAUCAUUGUAUGUUUUUAACAUAAAUAUUAUGAUAGUACACUUUUAUAUAUUAUGGAUUCAAAGACUGAUAUUUUUGUGAGGAAUUUUUAUCAUUACUACAAUUCAAUAAUUUAAUUUGGCAAAAUAUUACUUUCGAUUUAUAAAAUUUGAACGUGUGUGUUCCUUGUUGAUAUAUAAAAAUUAACAAAUUUAAUAAUUUUGAUACUUAUAAUUAAAAGUGAUAAAUCUUCUUUACGCAUUGUAUUUAUAUAGAGAUUUACAAUUAGCGCUUCACUGUAAUUUCUUUUCCCUUAUAUUGCAUAUUAUAUUAUGUAACUUAAUUUAAUGAGAAAAGUAUCAUCAGAUAUUACAAUUAUGAAGUGUGUUGAUAUUAUUAACAAUUACAUUAUAAUGUUUAAAAUAUAUUGUAAUAUAUAUAUUGUAAAUAUUCUUUAGAUUUUAUGCUGUUAUGUAAAGAGAUAUCUAUAUUUAUGUAUAUUAUUUAACAUUAUUGGCUCUGUGUUUUAUGAAUACUUAAAAGUAAACUUAUUUUUAAAAGAUUACAUAAAUUAUAUAAAUGUAUAAAAUUUAUUGGUUAAAAAUAUAUUCUAUAUGUAAAUACAA